AGACUCAAAAAAAUGUCGAAAGCCAACGUCGGAAUCAACGGUUUCGGAAGAAUCGGACGUCUCGUGCUCCGCGCGGCUGUCGAAAAGGACACGGUUCAAGUGGUCGCCGUCAACGAUCCGUUUAUCACAAUCGACUACAUGGUCUACCUUUUCAAGUAUGACUCGACCCACGGUCAAUUCAAAGGAACUGUUACCUACGAUGGAGACUUUCUGAUUGUCCAGAAAGAUGGCAAAUCAUCGCACAAGAUCAAGGUCUUCAACAGCAAGGAUCCAGCUGCCAUCGCAUGGGGAUCAGUCAAAGCCGAUUUCGUUGUCGAGUCUACUGGAGUUUUCACGACAAAGGAAAAGGCCUCUGCCCAUCUUCAAGGAGGAGCCAAGAAGGUCAUCAUCUCUGCUCCAUCUGCUGAUGCUCCAAUGUACGUGGUUGGAGUAAACCAUGAGAAGUACGACGCUUCGAAUGAUCACGUUAUUUCUAACGCAUCGUGCACCACCAACUGUCUGGCACCACUGGCGAAGGUUAUCAAUGAUAACUUCGGUAUCAUCGAAGGACUCAUGACGACAGUGCACGCUGUAACCGCAACCCAGAAGACAGUCGAUGGACCAUCCGGAAAGCUGUGGAGAGAUGGACGCGGUGCUGGACAAAACAUCAUUCCAGCUUCCACUGGAGCCGCCAAGGCUGUGGGAAAAGUCAUUCCGGAGCUGAACGGAAAGCUCACUGGAAUGGCUUUCCGUGUCCCUACACCAGAUGUUUCCGUCGUUGAUCUGACCGUUCGCCUCGAGAAACCAGCUUCGAUGGAUGACAUCAAGAAGGUAGUCAAGGCCGCUGCCGAUGGACCAAUGAAGGGAAUCCUCGCCUACACCGAAGAUCAAGUUGUGUCGACUGACUUCGUGUCCGACCCUCACUCGUCCAUUUUCGAUACUGGAGCAUGCAUUUCGCUCAACCCGAACUUCGUCAAGCUCGUCUCUUGGUACGACAAUGAAUAUGGAUACUCGAACCGUGUUGUCGACCUCAUCGGAUACAUCGCCACCCGUGGAUAAUUCUAUCAGGAUCUUUUAUGUAUAAUCCAUGUAUUUCAUAGCUAUUUUUUUUAUUACAGUCAUCAUUGAAUAAACCUAUUUUUCUGGUGAAAU